AGUGACGAAAAGGGAUGUUUUGAUAACGUGUAGCCACCGUGGGCUAACUUUGUCUCAUUAUUAUAAACCCUCCUUCUGAGCUCUCCAGGGCGUCGGUCGGUUCUGCGGAUUAUUUAAACAACAAAUGUGAAUCUUUUCACCAUUUUUGUUUUUAUUAUUAUUUGUGUUCCCCCUCCAACACACACACACCGAGUCAUGAACGGGAGCACGAAUCCGCUGCUGGACAAAGAGGAGCAUGUUUUGAAGCUCGGAGAAAGCUUCGAGAAGAGGCCAAAGUCUUCCUUUCACACAAUCAGAUAUGACUUCAAACCAGCGUCUAUCGACACGAGCUGCGAGGGAGAGCUGCAAGUCGGGAAAGGAGAGGAAGUUACCAUCACGUUACCGCACAUUCCGGGCUCCACGCCGCCCAUGACGGUGUUCAAGGGAAACAAGCGUCCGUACCAGAAGGACUGCGUGCUCAUCAUCAACCACGACACCGGGGAGUUUGUGCUGGAGAAGCUGAGCAGCAGCAUCCAGGUCAAGAAAACCAGGUGAGAGGUCAAGAGGUCAAGAGGAAAAGAUUAUUUUACGUCGUCCGUGUGGUUCGCUCGAUUUUCUUUGGCUCCGCCUUGUGGACGCCAACUGUAACUACUACUACUGCCUGUGUGUGUGUCGGUCCGGUCCAGCUCUCAGCCCGGCUCUCAGUUCCGGGCCCCCACCAAGCCCGGGGUCAAGACCUCCCCGUCACCCUCCAAGGACGACCCCUCUCCGGAGCCGCAGCUCGACGACAUCAAGAGAGAGCUGCGGGCGGAGGUGGAGGUGAUCGAGCAGAUGAGCAGCAGCAGCUCCUCGGGCUCGGGCAGCGCCUCGGGGAGCGGCGACGACAGCAGCAGCGACAGCGGCGGAGGAGGAGGAGGAGGAGGAGGAGGAGGAGGAGGAGGAGGAGGAGGAGGCGGCAGCGAGCACGACGGCGGCGGCGGCGCCCGACCGCUCAGCCAGACCUCGCCCGGCCGCCAGCCGGCGUUCAACGGAGGCGGCGAGCGGCCGGCGGGCAACAACCAGCUGAUGAACACGCUGCGAAACGACCUUCAGCUCAGCGAGUCGGGCAGCGACAGCGAUGACGACUGAACUCUCUCUCUCUCUCUCUCUCUCUCUCUCUCUCUCUCUCUCUCUCUCUCUCUCUCUCUCUCUCUCUCUCUCUCUCCACACUCCUCCUCUUUCUCCUCUUCUUCCUCUUUCUCCUCCUCCUCCUCCUCUCCCCUGGUUCCUUUGCUGUGUAUCUUGUUCCGACUACUUUUUUUGAUUUGAUUAUUUUUAGUAUUUCCUGAAACUUUAGAGUGUAUUUUUUAUUAGAUGUAUAUUUUGUUUUUGUAUAGCGAGACUUUAGAAAAAAAAGGAAACUUUUACUUGGGAAGUUUAUAUAUAUAUAUUAGAGUGCACAUACAUAUUUUCUGUACUUAGAGCAACUAGUUUUAUCAACUCGUUUUCAUCUGUUUUUGUCUCAUAAACAUCACGUCCGGCAGCAGGAAACUUCCUCACGUAGUCGUUUGUUUUUAUCGGUUUGCUAUGAAUACAAAAAUUAUAUAUAUAUAUAUAUAUUAUUAUUAAAUGGUAUUUAAGCAGCCUGAGGAACAAAUCAAAUAUC